GGCUGCUCCGCCCGAUUUAUUCCCGUCCAGGAGCAGGAGCGGGCGCCCCGCGGUCGGAGCAGCCCCCGCACCCGCCCCGCGCCCGCGUCCCUCGGCAUGCCGGGCUCCCGUCUGCGGGCCGCGCUCUGCGGCGCUCUCCUCUGCGCCUCGGGGCUCUGGGCCGAGUCCGGUGACUUCUGUGACUCCAGCCUGUGCCUGAAUGGCGGGACCUGUUUGUUGAACCAUGGCAAACCCUCCUUCUACUGCCUCUGCCCGGAUGGCUUCACAGGCCUCAUUUGCAAUGAGACUGAGAAAGGUCCCUGUAUCCCAAACCCCUGCCAGAAUGAUGCUGAAUGCCAGGUGAUUGAUGGCUCACACCGAGGUGAUGUCUUCACCCAGUACAUCUGCAAAUGCCCGCAUGGCUACACAGGCAUCCACUGUGACACCACCUGCGCCAUGCCACUGGGCAUGGAGACGGGUGCCAUCACCAACUCGCAGAUCUCUGCCUCAUCCGUGUACCUGGGCUUCCUGGGUCUGCAGCGCUGGGGCCCCGAGCUGGCCCGCCUGCACCUCACAGGCAUCGUCAAUGCUUGGACAGCCAGCAACUAUGAUAAGAACCCCUGGAUCCAGGUGAACCUGAUGCGGAAGAUGCGGGUGACAGGCGUGGUGACGCAGGGCGCCAGCCGCGCAGGCAGUGCUCAGUACCUGAAGACUUUCAAGGUGGCCUACAGCCUCGAUGGGCGUGAUUUCCAGUUCAUCCAGGGUUCAGGGGAGUCAGGAGACAAGGUGUUUGUGGGUAAUCUGGACAACAGUGGCCUGAAGGUGAACCUGUUUGACCUCCCUCUGGAGGUGCAGUAUGUGAGGCUGGUGCCCACCCUCUGCCACCGGAGCUGCACCCUCCGCUUUGAGCUCCUUGGCUGCGAGUUGAAUGGAUGUGCUGAACCACUGGGCCUGAAGGACAACACCAUCCCCAACAAGCAGAUCAUGGCAUCCAGCAUCCACAGGACCUGGGGCCUGAGCGCCUUCAGCUGGUAUCCCUACUAUGCGCGGCUGGACAAGGAGGGCAAGAUCAACGCUUGGACCGCCCAGAGCAAUAACGCCUCGGAGUGGCUGCAGAUUGACCUGGGCACCCAGAAGCAGGUGACUGGCAUUAUCACCCAGGGUGCCCGAGACUUCGGCCACAUCCAGUACGUGGCAGCCUACAGGGUGGCCUUCAGCAACGAUGGUGUGAACUGGACCCAGUACGGGAAUAAAAAGGUCUUCCUUGGCAACAUGGACAAUAAUUCCCACAAGAAGAACAUGUUCGAGACGCCCUUCCUGGCUCGCUUCGUGCGCAUCCUGCCUGUGGCCUGGCAUAACCGCAUCACCCUGCGUGUGGAGCUGUUGGGCUGUUAAGAAGUCGUGAGCCAGGCCGAAGGGGCCCCAAGGGCUAUGCAGCAGCCCCCCACCCCCCCACCCCAACACCAGCCCUCCUGUGGGGCCGCCUCCACCCUCCCUCCUGAUUGUGGCCAACCCCCAGGCCAGGUUCCAAUCGCCUUGCCCCCUCCUUGCCCUCUGCCUCUCCGGAGCCCCUGCACCCAGCCGUCAGGCCAUCCCAUUUUCUUAGGGCUGCAGGAGUUGAGUAGUCCUGGGAUGGGCAGAGUAGGGCCAGGCAGGGGGUGCAGGUUACCUGCCCCUCUCCAGAUCCAUGGUGGUGGCCUCUGUGUCCUCCCUAGACCCUCACACCCCACUGCCCAAGGCCCUGGAGGGAGGCGCUGAGGUGCCAGGCUGGUGACUCCUGCCUGUCAGCCCCAGGGCGUGACACCACCACUCCUGCUCCUGCCACCUAGUCCCCUGACACUUACGCUUCCCCCUUACCUUCGCAGAGACCCCUGCUGACCCUUGUCCUGAAGUCUGGACAGACACAGUGGGGUGGGGUGGGUCCCUGCAAAGCUGGAGGAGGAGGCGGGCAGGCCUUCCUUCCUGCUGGGUCUUCACCCCCGAGCACACAGGCAGCUUCCAAAAUAUAUUUAUAUCACCCCCCGG